AAUAAUGAAUAACACUAAUAGUUUUUUUCUUUUGUUUUGUAUGAUUUUGUUUAUUUUUCUUUUUGAUUUUGUCGUUGUCUUUUUUGUAUUUUAUUUGCAUGUUUUACUUUGUUACAUAGCUAAUCUUUCAUUUUUGUGUAUCUUUUUGUAACUUUUUUGUUUUAUUUGUUGUUUUGUUGUAUUUCAUUCUGUUUUUUUUGUACUGUUUCGUUGUAUUUAUUUCUUUUUUCUUUUUCUUUUUGAAGUUAAUAUUUAGUUUAAUUUUGGGGACAAAGUUCUUGUUUUUGUUUUGUAUAUGAGGUUAUUUCAGUUUUUUUUUGUGUAUGUUUUAUUUAUUUGUAUAAUUUAAAUGCAUUCGUUUAUUUUUGCCUUUUGGAUGUUUCAAUUUUAUUCGGUUGUAUUUUCGUUUCUUGCUUUGACUGGCUGGGAUUUGGUCAGGUGAAGUUCGCGUGCCCGUUCGGCAGGGGGCGGCAGAGCGCGGCGGCAUCGGAUGACGACGACGUCAUCGGCGUCAUCCUCGGCUCGCGAAGCUGAAGAUCGGAAGACCGGAAGCCAUGUUAUGAUGUCCGAGAAUUUGUCGACGAGAACCAGAGCCAAAUGAUGAUGAUGAUGAUAAAGGUAAGAUGGAGGCGAUGAAGAUUUGAUCGUGUCGCUUCCGGCCUCCGUUUGAGUGAGAACGACGACAACAGAACGACGUCGAAGAAACCCAACAAACACAUGCAGGCUGCCGGAUGGCGUUCGCGUCUCGCUUCUCGCGCUCGCGCAGCACGUCGCCGUCGCCGUCGGCCGCUCGCCGGCGCGAAUCUCCGCCCGUCAGCGUGUCGGAGCUCCAACGACUCCUGAGCAGCGGCAAGACGGCCUGCAACCACGCCGACGAGGUCUGGCCCGGACUCUACAUCGGAGAUCAAAACAUGGCGUCGGACCGCCGUGAGCUGACACGCGUGGGCAUCACUCACAUCGUCAACUGCGCCCAGAGCAAAUGGCGCGGCGGCGGCGCCGACUGCUACGCGGGCAUGAACGUGACGUACUUGGGCAUCGAGGCGCACGACUCGCCCGCCUUCGACAUGACCAAAAACUUUUAUCCCGCCGCCGACUUCGUACACAAAGCGCUCACCAGAGGAGGUAAGGUUCUGGUCCACUGCGCGGUGGGCCUGAGCCGCUCGGCCACGCUGGUGCUGGCCUACCUGAUGAUCCGGCAGAACCUGACCCUGGUGGAGGCCAUCAAGACCGUCAAGGACCGCCGCGGGGUCACGCCCAACCGAGGAUUCCUGCGGCAGCUCAAUGGCCUGGACGGCAUCCUGCGCGAGAGUCGUCGCGCGGCCGACGCGCAAGUGAGCUAAUGCUAAUGUCACAAUGUGCGUUAACGCCACUGAAAAUGAAUUCGGCUACUAACUGCCAGGAUGACGACGACAGGCGCAAUAGUGCUCAGUCAGGUUGUCGCUAACUGCUAAUGCUAAUGAAAAUGCUCAUGUGAACUAAUGCUCAGCUUCCAAAUCAUCCUUGACAAAAAAAAAAAAAGACUUCACAAUUACCUCCAGCAUCGUGUUGUUGACACGUUUCUUUGUGACGUUCCGUGUAAUUCCACCGCAACAAACGAGCAACCAAGUUGUGGAAUUGGUGUUAAAAGUGUCAAAGUGGAUUGACAUAUGCUCAUUUUAUAGUUUUACUUACACCAAUAACAGAACGAGAAGAGUUAUGGAGUGUUUAGCAACAGACGUUAACUUGCAAGUAGCAUAGCACGAGCAAUCCAGGUUUCUUAAGAUGGAAUGCUAAAACUCAAAAAUAUUUAUGGUACAAGGUCUUAUUUUCACAGGAAAGGACGACACAAAUAUGUAAACAUUUGACAGGAAAUGCUAUAUGCUAUCGUAUUUUUAAGAGCAAUGGUACAGACAAACUGUUGCUAAUGGCUAACGUUUCCACCACACAUUCGCGUGACAUUAAAAUGUAUCACAUGAAUGAAAUCAGCUACUAACUGCCCGGGUGAAGACGACAGGCGCUGAAGUGCUAAGUCAGGUUAGCGCUAACUAGUGCUAAUGCUAAUGAAAAAACAAUAAGCAUGAGCUAAUGCUCAGCUUUUGAAUCAGCUUCACCCAAACAAAUAUUUUUCACAAUUACAAUUAUAUAUUUUGGUGAUAUUCUGUGUAAUUUCACCGCAGCAAAGAAGCUAACGUCGUCAACAAACAUAAAUCAGUGUUAACAGUGUCAAAUACUUAUUUUUAUUGUUUUUCUUCAUGUGCUUGUCAUUUUUGAAGGAAAACACAUCACAAAUAUGUAAACAUUUGACAGGAAAUGCUCACUGUUAGCACAGCAAUAAAGUGUUUUAAAGAGGAGCAAUGGUUCGUUAUCACGGCUAAACUAAUCCUAAUGGCUAACGUGUCCACUGGGCAUUAGCAUGAUAUCAAAACAUUCCAUGUGCAUGAAAUCAGCUACUAACUGCCUGAAUGAUGAUAACAGGUGCUGAAGUGCUCGGUAAGGUUAGCACUACCGGCUAACGCCGGCUAAUGAAAAACAACUUUAGAAUCUGCUCAACAAAAAAUAGAUUUUGCGUUACGUUAUCACAUGUACUUAGGCAUCGUGUUAGUUAUGUUUUUUUUUAACUUGCUCCAUGUGACUUCACAACAACAAAGCUAAUUAGCUUAGCGAUAAUGUAAACAUAGUUGAAUUUAUUUAAUCAGUCGUGUCAAAUGCUGAUUUUGUUUUUCUCCACAACUAACACCAGAAAGAUAUUAGCCGCUGACAUUCGCUUGAACAUAGCAUAGCACAAGCUAACCUGGUUUCCCGAUAAAGCUAAUCAACACGCUUGACGUUUUCACACAAACCAAAAAAAAAAAAAACACGUCACAAAUACAUAAAGCAUUUGAUGGCGAAUGCUAACUGUUAGCUUAGCAAAGACUAAUGAAGUGUUUUGAAGAGGAGAGCUUGUUUGUUAGCUCCUGUGUUGUUGUGGUUUGUUGUGAUUUUAAACUGCCAAUGUUAAUGUUUGUGUUAGCUGGCCACCUGGGGACCAACAUGUGACCUUUGUGUCCUUUUAUCCAUGUUAGCAUAUUUUCGUAUUUGAAAUAGUAAAAAAAAAAAAAAUAAAAAAAAAACUUGUGCCACUGUGUCACAAUUUAGUUUUAUUUCAACUUGAACGUUAAUAGCAAAUGUGCUCAUAUUGAUGUGUGGAUGUCAAAACGUGUUGUCUGGUUCUGUGUUGUGAUUGGUUGCCUCUUUAUAUCGUCAUACUUCUUUUUAUUUUCCAUAAUAAUUUUAUUUCUGAGAUCAUUUUUGAUCUCGUUUGCUUUUUAGACUUUUCCUUUUAUGUUGAACAAUUUCUAUUCCAAACUGCCUGCUCUCAAUAAACUUUUCCUUUUGGUCAAAUAAU